AUACGUAUACGUUCCAAAUUAGGAAGUAUGUAAAUACGAAAAAAAAUAUGUAUUUAGAUUUAAUACGUAGUAAGAGAUAAAUCGGAAAAGAAUCGGGAAUUAUUCCGUAAAGUUCUUGUUACGCGAACGAACGCCCGUAUAUUUGUAAAAAGCCGAACGAGCCGAAAUAAUGACCAAGCUAUUACGUUUCUUUGUCUUCUUUGCAUUCGUAACAGUGGACACCCAUGGAUUUACAAACGUUUAUCCAAAAUUGAAGAACUAUGUUCUUAAUAAAAAUGUAGACGUAGGCGAGGCUCUUUUUCUAACACCACUUAUUGAAACUGGAAGGAUCGACGAGGCUCGAAAGAAAGCUAUUGUUGAGCACAAGGAGAUAGGUGCGGUUAGCAGUUACUCCGGAUACUUUACAGUGAAUAAGGAAUACAAUUCUAAUUUAUUCUUCUGGUUCUUCCCCGCAGAGCAUAAUCCAAAGGAUGCACCAGUGGUAUUGUGGUUACAAGGUGGUCCAGGAGCAACAUCCUUAUUUGGUCUAUUCAUGGAGAAUGGACCAUUUUUCGUUACUUCGAACAUAACGCUCGCACCGCGUAAAUAUUCCUGGAGUAUUUCUCAUAGCUUAAUUUACAUUGACAAUCCGGUUGGGACUGGAUAUAGUUUUACUAAAAACGAUAAAGGUUAUGCCAGUAAUGAAACUCAAGUUGGAAGGGACGUUCAUAACGCUUUAGUACAGUUCUUUAAACUUUUCCCAGAGCUUCAGAAGAAUGAUUUUUUUGUUACUGGGGAAUCAUAUGGCGGCAAAUAUGUACCUGCCGUUUCUCAUGCCAUCAAAGAUUAUAAUAUUAAGGCGGAAACUAAAAUAAAUUUAAAGGGUUUGGCGAUAGGAAAUGGAUUUACAGAUCCGGAACACCAACUUUUAUAUAGCGAUUACUUAUAUCAACUCGGUAUAAUAGAUUUAAAUGGGAAGAACUUGUUUCAACAAUACGAGAAGAAAGCAUGCAAUUUAAUCGAGCAAAAGAAAUAUGUAGAUGCUUUUGAAUUGUUUAACACAUUGGUCUUCGGUGAUUACAGUUCUCCGUCUCUCUUUACGAAUAUAACUGGUUUUAAUUAUUACUUUAAUUAUUUACGGACAAAAGAUACUAACGAAUCCCAAUGGAUGUCAGAGUGGGUGCAAAGGGAGGACGUUAGGCGUGCGAUACAUGUAGGCAAUUGUUCCUUUAAUCUUGAAACUAAAAACGUUGAAGAUCAUUUGAAAGGAGAUAUCAUGCAGUCUUUAGCUGUAUUGAUAUCAGAUUUGGUACAACAUUAUAGGGUACUUAUUUAUAAUGGUCAACUUGAUAUUAUUGUAGCAUAUCCGCUCACUGUUAAUUAUUUGCAAAAUUUGAAAUGGCCUGGCGCAAAGAAAUAUAAAAUUGUCGGUCGUAAACAAUGGUGGGUUCAAGACGAGUUGGCUGGUUAUACAAAGUCUGUCGAUAAUUUAACCGAAGUUCUUGUGCGAAAUGCAGGCCAUAUGGUCCCUUAUGAUCAACCUCGUUGGGCUCUUGAUCUUAUUACUCGUUUCACGCAUAAUAAAAAAUUCAAAUAAGCUGCGAUAUAAUGCCAAACCUAUGUGAUACUCUUUGUUAGGGGCAUUGAGGCUAUUUUUAUUACUUUUCGUAUAACAAUAUGUAUAGAUUUAUAAAUGGAUGGUAGAGGAAAAGAUUUGAAAAGAAACAAAUGUAUAGAAACCAGAAUAAAGUUAUUAUGUUAAGCGCAAA